AUGGCGGCUCCGGGCACACCGCUCAAGUCAUCGUCGGCGACACAAGCCGUGGCUUCUUCCAACGUCGACGGUCAAUCCGACCCACUAUUUGCGUCCAAAUCGUCGCCCAUACAAGCAAACGGCCAUAGCUCGUUGGAUACGCACCCUCCCAGCGGCAGCAAUGGGUUCAGCAGCAGCAGUCGUGGACCCAGCCGCGCCAACACGCCCGGUCAAGACCAGAUGCCACUGACCAUCCAUGCGGCCGCACAGCGUGGGGAUCUCCCCGCCAUCAUGCGCCUCGUUGAUUCGGGUCGCGCUACUGUCCACGACCGCGACGAUGACAACAUCACACCACUGCACUGGGCUGCCAUCAACGCUCAGCUCGCCACGUGCCGCUAUCUUUUGGAUCACGGCGCGGAGGUCGAUGCGCUCGGAGGCGAUCUGGUUGCAAGCCCGUUGCAGUGGGCAGCGAGAAACGGUCACGUCUAUGUGCUCGAGCUGCUGUGCUCGCGUGGUGCCGACCCGACCAUCACCGAUUCGCAGGGUUUUAACGCUCUCCAUCUCACCGUCCACUCUAGCGCCGUCAUGCCGCUGGUUUUCAUGCUCCAGCAGCCUUCGCUCAGCUCGCCGGAAGGGCUUGACUCCACGGAUUCGCAGGGACACACGGCGCUUAUGUGGGCGGCUUACCAGGGCGAUGCCAUCUCGGUCGACAUCCUGCUCAAGCACGGUUCGGAUGUGCACAAACGCGAUGGAGCCGGUCUUACUGCUAUGCAUUGGGCUGCGGUGAAGGGCAAUCGACUCUGUAUUCGCCUUUUGGCCGAGGCCAAAGCGGAUCUUCUCGCAAAAGAGGAUUCGGGCAAGACGCCGAGGGAUAUGGCCAUCGAGCUCAAGUCGAUCGGUGCGUAUCGCAAGGCAUUGGCUGACAUUGGGCUUGAGGAGGAUGGACGUCGAAAACAGCGGACGUUUGGCGCGAAUUCGGAUAGGACUGCGAGACUAGCUAUCAUGGUUGUGCCGUUUGUAGCACUAGGUUUGAUCUUCGCUACCUUUGCUUCGUUGCCUUGGUACACGGCCACUCCGUUUGCAGCGGCCGAGUUCUUUGGUAUGCACCACAUCGUCACGCGCGUCAUCCUCGAUCCUCAGGAGCACGACUUCCUGCAGCGCUCCAACUACUUUCUCGCCAUCGUCUCCGGGUCUAUUGCCUGGGUCGGGUGGGAAUGGGUGCACAAGCUCGCCUCCGGUACGCCUGGCUAUGCGUCCAACAACCUCUUCUUCGCGCUCUCGCUCAUCGUCUGCUCAUGGAACCUAUUUCGCUCUGCAUCGAUUUCGCCCGGCUAUGCGCCGCUUGCACCUUCGGCGCUGCAUCGCCGUGAAGUCGUCACGCAGCUCGCUCAGCAGGGUCGCCUGAACGGUCAGACCUACUGCGUUGCGUGUAUGGCGCGCAAGCCGAUGCGAUCGAAGCACUGCAAGCUGUGCAAGCGUUGUGUUGCGCGACACGACCAUCACUGCCCCUGGGUGGCUAACUGUAUUGGGAUCGAGAAUCACCGCCAGUUCCUGCUCUUUGUCGGUGCGCUCGUCGUGGGCGUGCUGCAGUUCAUCUACCUUACCAUUGUCUAUUUCAGCAUCAACGCGUCACGCUAUGAUGGGCUGGUGGACCCGGUCUACCCUAUCCCCGGACGGAGCCAGGAGCCGACGUGUCGGCUGCCGUUCGCGUUUCUGUGUACGGCGGUGGAGAAAGAUCCUUUCUUGUUGGGAGUGGCGGUAUGGGCAGGGCUGCAGUUGACGUGGACGGUGAUCUUGUUGGUAGCACAGGGGUGGCAGAUUGCAAGGCAGAUGACGACGCUCGAGGUGUCGAAUUUGGGGCGGUUUGGCUUCAUGGGUGGCAAGGGCGGCCAGAGCUAUGCGGGGCAGACUGGGUUUUUGGCGCAGCAUUCGGGGCGUGCGCAGCCCGGAGGUGGAGCAGCGGGGGCGAGUGGGAGGCUACAGGGCAUUCAGAAGCAGUUUGGAGAUGCGCAGGUUGAUGUCAACCUCGGCAGUGGCGGCGAGGACGACGCUGAUGCUGCUGGCGCUGCUGGGUCCGAGGCGUCUAGCGCGGGCAGGCAUGCACACUCGCACUCGAAGCUGGGCAUGCUCAAGCGCGUCUGCUCGUCGUCGGGCGGAUGGCUGCUCUCGGUCGUCGGGCUGGACCUCUACACGCGCGGCAAAGCUGGCGAGGGCCUCAAACGCGCCAGCGCCGCCGGCAACCCGUUCGACCAAGGCCUCCUCUCCAACUGCAAGGACUUCUGGUCCAAAGGCCAAGACCUCGCCCUAGACUACACGACGCUGUACGACCUGCCCGCCGAGAUGAGCCCUGGCCACUGCCACGUGGUCCCCUUCCUCGUCGACACCGUCACGGGCGGCGGGCGCGGCUGGAGCACGCGGUACGCCACAGCGGGCAACGCGUACUCGCUGCUGAGGAGCACCGACGCCGAGGAUGAGGAUGCAGACGACGACGAUCCCGCCCACGCCCCGGCGGGCAAGCGGAGGUGGAGCAUGUGGAGCAACCUCACGACCGGCACGGGGCCGUCCAAGGGCGCGGGCGCCGGGGCGAUUCUGCCGACGUCUGUGUAA